CAGGAAGUGGCCCGGUCCCUCACCCCUUCCCACCGAGCUGCGCCGUCGCGGGCUCGGGGACUGACAGCAAGCGCCUCUAGGCUGUGACACUCUGGCCUCCGGUAGCAGCCUUUCCUGAGCUUCCGCGCAUCCCUUGUUGCACACAUUCCCUAAACUUUUAAGCAGCGAAUAGACACGCUUAGCUACCGUGCGCCAGGCGCUGGCAUACAGUCUUAGCUUAUAUUCUGGGCACGCUUGAGCCCUGGUUAAUGCACCUCAGGUACAUCUAGUACAUCCGUCAGGAAGUCUACCGGUCUUUGUUGGGUACCAGAUAUUUAUGUAGAAAUACACUUCUGAAGCAUAGACUUCAGCCAGAUGAACCUCUCUGCAGUUUCUAAGCUCAACAUGUAUGACGUUUUGCCGGGUUCCGCCCCUGAGAAGGAAGGCAGCCUUGUGACCGUGAAGGUGGAAGAUCCUGCCUUGGGGCAGCCAGGCAACUCAGAUGAGGAUAGGACUCACACUCAGGAAUUUUACCGCCAGCAAUUUCGGCAGUUCUGUUACCAGGAGGCUCCCGGUCCCUGCGAAGCUCUGGCCCAGCUUCGGGAACUUUGCCGUCAAUGGCUGAGGCCAGAGACCCACAGCAAGGAGCAGAUCCUGGAGCUGCUGGUGCUGGAGCAGUUCCUGACCAUACUGCCAGGGGAGCUGCAGGCCUGGGUGCAGAUGUAUCCUCUGCGCAGCGGUGAUGAGGCAGCAACACUGCUGGAGAAUUUCGCCUCGGAACAUGGAGACACGGGGCAGCAGGAACAGGACAUGCGCCUUGUGGUGACAGACUAUCAAGGAGCCUCUUUGGCAUAUCAGAGCCUCCAGUUUCUCCAGCCUGGGGUCACUCCCCUGACAUGUGACCCUCCACAGCUCCCCCAAGAAGUGAGUGGAUGUGCUCCUCUAGGGAUAGCUUGUCUCCAGGAAGAAAGUUCCAAAGGCACUGCAGCACCGCCUGAGCCUAACUCACCUGUACUCCAGCCACUGGUGAAAACUGGGGAAGAAACUGCCCAGGCCUUUGGCUCAGAUGAGUGCUCCCAUCUGGCUCAGAAGAGGCUCAGUGGGAGCUCGGCUCAGCAGGAGGUCAUGGGUGGAAUAAAGGUAGACACUUCUGAAGAAAUGGUACAAGGUGGGAAGAACUCAAGAAUACCCAAUAGAGAUUGUGCACCCCGCAUUCCUGGUAGUACUACCUUCCCUACUGAACAGACAGUCUCAAACUUGAACACUCUCAGGAAGUUCCACCCUCCCCGUGACUCCUGGGCCAGGAUGCACAUUACAUCCUUGCAGUAUGCAGCUGGAGACAUUACCCGGAAGGGGCGGGAAAAAGACAAAUCUCGAGUGAGUGAGCUGCUUCAAGGGCUUGCAUUUUCUGAUGACUCAGAGGCAGAAGAACACAAUGAGCCUGAGGUGCAGCCUGAGAGAAAGAAGUUAAAGGUGUCCAGUGGCCCUGAGAAGAGUUGGACUAAAAGGGAUAUUAAGCCCAACUUUCCAAGCUGGUCAGCACUGGAUUCUGGACUUCUGAAUCUCAAGAGUGAGAAGUUGAACCCAGUAGAGCUCUUUGAAUUAUUUUUUGAUGAUGAAACAUUCAACUUGAUUGUCAAUGAAACCAAUAAUUAUGCUUCCCAGAAAAAUGUCAGCUUGGAAGUCACAGUGCAGGAAAUGCGGUGUGUAUUUGGUGUCCUGCUCUGGAGUGGAUUUGUCAGGCAUCCCAGGAGGGGCAUGUAUUGGGAAGUCUCUGAUUCUGAUCAGUCCCUGGUUAGAAAUGCAAUUAAAAGGGACAGAUUUGAAUUGAUUUUCUCAUACCUGCAUUUUGCAGAUAAUAGCCACCUAGAUCAAAAAGAUAAGUUUUCAAAAUUGAGGCCUCUCAUAAGGCAAAUGAAUAAAAAUUUCCUCUUAUAUGCCCCCCUAGAAGAAUACUAUUGUUUUGACAAGUCAAUGUGUGAAUGCUUUGAUGGUGACCAAUUUCUGAAUGGAAAGCCUCUUAGAAUUGGCUAUAAAAUUUGGUGUGACAACUACACAAGGUUAUCUGGUUUGGUUUGAGCCCUACCAAGAAGACUCGGCUGUGGAAGCAGAUAAGGAGCUGGACCUUGGGCUAGGUGGAAAUCUAAUCAUGAGCUUUGCUAAUGUCCUUUUGGAGAAAGGUCACUAUCCCUAUCAUCUGUGCUUUGAUAACU